CAAAAAAUAGUGCAUUCACCAUUUCCAACCAUCGCCUUCAAUCUCAAUUGCUGUUCCUACGAUUAUCGUCGAAUCGAUACAUUCCAAACACUCCGACAACAGAGUUUCUAUAAAAAUAUAGCAGGGCCAGCACCGCUUCUUCGGCCGCCAACAUGGGCGAUCACUCAAACUACAUCCUCAAAGUCACAGCGGGACACUCUUACGACCCCACCACACAUGAGGAUGUACAUGUCAACAGCUCAAAGCCUAUCUCCAUAUCCUCCGAACACAUUGACGCCCGCAUCCACGUGCGGAUAAAGGACUACAGAGGGCUACCUAAAACCUCACCAUCCAACUCCCCCUACUUUUCCCACCCCUCCCAUACCUACGACCGGUACAGCAUAGCUUUCACUUUCACGCCCAAACGCCACAUCACCGGCCAGGACCUCGUUUUUGGGAAUGACUUCGACCACCCGAUCCGCGAUCGCCUACCGCCGCUCUUUGAUAAAGCGCUCGGGUUGGUGAAGUAUUGGGUAGACCCAGGACUCGAUGGCGACGUACUCGGAGACGAGCCCUACCUCUAUGGCCCACUACUCAGCUCAAUAAACAUAUUUCGGGUCGGCGGGAAAGGCGAGGAUGGGAAGGAGCUAGAAGAGGACGCGCCCAAAGCUAAGCCGAAAGACGGGAAGGGCGAGGAAGAGGUGGUGUUCGAAGAGGGUGCAGAAGAGGACGGGCACGAGGUGCGGAAAGAGUCGGGGAUGCCAAAUGAUGCGCGGCAGCGACAGAAAUGGGCGUUGCAGGAGGCAAAUCGGACGGGAUUCAAGUUCGAAGAGGGGAGGACGUAUGCGUGUGAUUUCUUCAAUCCGUAUUUGGAUUUCAAUGAGUUCGCACUGAAACUCGGAUACGGGCUCCCUGCUAUCUCUAUCGUCAGCCAUUGGGAUGGCCAGCCUCUCCGGUACGUUUGCGAUUUCUUCUGCUCCUCCCUACUUUCUGUUCGAGUCUCCGGUUUUAUUCGUACUAUUUCUCCCCUUCAGCGACCCAUCCCAUGCCUAACUCUUCUAACGCAGCACCCACUCCCUCAGAUAUGUGCUUAAAAAUCGCGCAACUAGUACGGAACUGUUCGUUAUCGUCUUCGAGCUUCUGCCGGCAGAGAACGGCAAGGUGAAGAGCGCACAGGAGAUCUUUGGAGAAGUGCAUAAGGAAGCGAAAGCGAGC